AUGAAUUGGCCCUCGCUUUGGCCCACUGGUCUGCUCGCUCUGCUCAUUGUUGCUCUAGACAGUCCUUGGUCGACUCCUGCUCUUGCUUCACCAGGUCCGGGCCCGGCAUCAUGGACGAGUGGGCGCAAGCUAGAUGUGAGAGAGCGAGUGCGCGAGUUGUGGCAUCACGGCUACGACCAUUACAUGGACUCCGGCCGUGGACCCAACUGGCUCAAUCCGGGUGACUUCGCCAGAAAUGACGUUGCUGGCAAUUUCUCCGUCACUCUGGUUGAUGUCCUUGACACUUUCGUCGUCCUGAACGACCCUCCGGGAUUCGAGGACGCGGUCCGCAAGAUCAUCCGCUGGGUCUCCUUCGACAGCAACACGAAGCCACAGGUCUUUGAGACAACCAUACGCGUCAUGGGCGGCCUGCUGUCUGGGCAUCUCUUUGCAAACAAGCCAGAACAGCCCUUCUACUUACCUUGGUACCAGGGCGAGCUCCUCCAGCUCGCUUAUGAUCUAGGUGUGAGGUUGCUCCCGGCGUUCAACACCGUCACCGGUCUGCCAUACGCCAGGAUCAACCUUCGCCACGGUGUGCCCAAAGGCGAAUCGACAGACACUUGUACCGCCGGGGCGGGGUCGUUGAUCCUCGAAUUCGGCACCUUGAGUCGCCUCACGGGCGACGACCGCUUCGAGAAGGCGGCGUACAAGGCCUUCUUUGCGCUGUGGAACCGCAGGUCGGACAUUGGUCUUGUAGGCAACACGAUCAAUAUAUUUACUGGCUCCUGGACGCACCCGGAAGUCAACAACAUUGGCGCAGGCAUCGACUCGUUUUACGAGUACGCGCUGAAGUGGUAUAUCAUGAGCGGCGAGGUGGAGUUCCUCGACGUAUGGCAAGACUCGUAUGCAUCUGUCAUGCGGUAUUCCAGAGCACCCGAUGGUUUCUGGUAUCGGAACGUGAACAUCCAUUCGGGGGAUGCCCAAUACGGUACCAUCGACUCGCUUUCGGCGUUCUGGUCAGGGCUGCAAGUGCUUGGCGGCGACAUUGAGAACGCGGUGAAGUCUCACCUAAUUUAUUACAAUAUAUGGCGCGGAUUCGCAGGACUUCCGGAGGUUUGGGACAUGAACUACCAUCAAGCCACCUCUUUUCAGUAUCCACUGAGACCAGAGUUUGUGGAGUCCACAUGGUAUCUGUAUCGUGCCACUGGCGACACAUUCUAUCUAGACAUCGGCGAGCGUAUCCUCCACGACAUCACAAUACGGUCAAGGGCAGAAUGCGGCCUGACCGGUAUCAGCGACCUACGCACCAACACCCGAGACGACCGGAUGGAAUCAUUCGUACUCUCCGAAACACUGAAGUACCUAUUCCUCCUUUUCGACGAAGCGAACCCCCUUCACGCCGACGACACCCAGUGGGUCUUCACGACCGAGGGCCACAUCCUCACGCUCGACCCCGCGCUCCUUCGCCCCAUCUCGCCCGCGCGGCGGAAGCUCCGGCGGGUCGAGAAUCUGCAGUGUCCUGCGUAUGCCCCGCCCAUGCUCGCGUACGACGCCCCAGAGGAUUACACACGCGACACGGGGCUCGUGGGCGGCGUGAUGUCGCGCGUGGACUUUGAGUACGCGCGGAACCUCAUAGGGCGCGUACACUCGGAGAAUGAGACGCGGUGGUGGGAUCCAGAUGGGUGGUGUGCGUUGCCAAAGCACGAACCCUACACAUAUGACUUCGUGCUCUCGGCGCACGGGGAGGUCGUCCUGGAGGACCCCCGCCUGCCCGCAGACAAGAUCACAGAGGUGGCGGACGGGUACCUCGUACAAAACGUCACCGGCAUCCGUGUGCAUAUAGUCAGUCGACUAGACGGCAAGGGCUACGAUAUCGCCAAGUUGGGACCGUACGCCGUGAAAACCGGGCAGAAAAUAUACUUCAACGACACCCAGCUCUCGCUUACCCCAGUCGACGGCCAGGGCGCCUCCACACAACAACAUCGUCGCAUACCAGAAAUCGAGCUACGCUUCUUCUUGGACUACGUCGACCCUUUGCUGCAGCUGCAGGCCCCAGGCAUGCACGACGUCAUCACAGAGACCGUCGUCCCCGCCGCGACCGCUAUGUUCGCCGGGGAUCCUGCAGCGCCCCGCGCGGACGACGGAACACAUCCGCUUCGCUUUGGGCAUGGCGCCGGAGUCCGCCUCAUCUACUCUCCCACCAACCCGCUCGGCUGUGCGCCAUAUACGGAGGAACUCGAUGACGCCGCGGUCCUAGUCGCACGUGGCGAGUGCACGUUCCUCGAGAAGCUCGUGUUUGCGCAGCGUGCGGGCGCGUCGGGCGUCGUCGUUCUCGGGAACGAGGACCAGCACAUCAACCCGUCCGUCGACCUAGCGGAGCUCGAGGCGGCGGGCCCCGAGAUCAACGACGUCGCGAUCGUCGUCCUCAGGCGACCGGACGCGCAACUCGUCGCGGAGAUGCUCGACUCCGCGGAGCGGCACGGGUUGGGCGAUAUUCGGAUGGUCGUCGAGACGUGGGACGACGGCCCCCAGCACAGGAGCGAGCCGACGAAGACCGCGGGGAAGCUCGAGGACACGCAGCGCGUACUGUAUCUCAACAACCACCCGUUGCUCAACACAAGGCUAUUGGUCUAG